AAAAAAAAAAACUCACUUGUAAAAAUUUACAAGUGAACUUGUUAUAGGUGUAUACAUAUAUUAUGUAUCCGGCUAUCACAUCUGUUCUGUUAGAACAUCAGACUGAUCUCUUGGAAAUACUCUCAAUAGAGGACAUCUCCGAAAGUCCAGGAUUGACGGGGAUAAUGUCACCAGGAAACGUAACGCCGGCUUCUCAGCAUAUUCGGCAUUUAGCCACAAAGAAAUAAGUGAGCGUAGAUUCGUAUCUACGAUCGUUCGUAAUAUGAGCUCAUUGCUGCGAGUAUCGUCGGACAUGCGAGUUCAAUGCCGUGCAAAGUGCCGAGAGUGAGUGCCGGACAGCGCCCGAGAAGGACCGAAAACACCAUCUAAAAAAAGCCGAAGAGGCGAAUUAGCUUUUAGUCAUUCAUUUGAGAUCAAGUCACUGAAGAAUUCUGUGUAAAAGUACAAAACUCUGUUCGAGAUGAGAUUGGUAUAGCAGUAUUGGUAUAGCAGUAUUACCAAAAAAAAAGGGAAGAAAAUUUUUUUCCACUAUACCUACAAAUAUACCUACAAGAAAAACAAUACUAACCAUAAGUGAAAUGUACAUUUCGUGACAAAAUUUGUAGAUCAAUCAUAAUCUACAAGCCUUCCAGUUUGAAGGUUGAGCCAACAAUACAAAACUUGUAUUCUAUGUUGAUGUUGUUUUGAAUCGGGUUAGGGUUUCACACACGACUAAUGUAGUAAAAUUAGUCGUUGUCAGUUUUUUUAAAAAAUGAAAAUUAGUCGUGUGUGUAAAUGUGAAUAUGUCGACCAAAACCAAGAAAAAAAAAACUUGUAUUGUUAGAAAACCAAAAUAAUUCUAAGAAUUGCGUGUUAGUCAAUACGCACAGCGUAUGGCUGUGUAAAUCUAGUAAUCAGGAAGUUGAGAUUAAGUCUCAAGCUGAGGUGAUGCUUCUGAAAAGAAGAAAUCGUAGAGGUAAGGGAUCAAAAUCAAAGCAGGCUGAAAUCUUUCGCGCAAAGAAGAACCGUGAAUUCGAUGACGAAUUGAUUAAAAAGAUCGAGCGUUUUUAUACAACUGAUAGAAGCCGUAAAUAAACAUGCCUAAGUCUCAGAAAGACGAGUUUAAGUCUACCGACCCCCCGAGAAGCAGGAAUCGAAGGUUAAGGCGAGAAAACCUACUGGAAAAGAUUCACGCGUGAGAAGAACAGUAGCCUUUUUAGGAUGAAAAAAAACCAGAAGGCAGAUGACGCCAUUAUGGCUGGAACCUUCGCCCGCCUAAAAAGAUAACUGACUAAAAAGAUUGAAAUCAGAAAAAUUCUAAGGUCGGGAGCGAAAACGGCAAUCUCGUGGGGGGACUAUUCAGCGAACAAGCGUAGCGAACGACGACGCUGCGUGAAACGCGCAUACGUUCAAUGCGCAGCAAUUGCACCAAAUCAACACGAUUAUCGAACAAGCCAGACUCGUACCAAUUGAACCGUUGAUCGCCCUCCGAAUCAACCGGGAUCCCUCGCUGGAACAACACGCGUCCGAGUUGCACUCGACCACGGUGAUGUCCCUUCUGAAGAGUCAUUACCGUCGAUCGAUCGCGCGCGACGGUCCGUGUCUUCAAAAUCGACGCUGAAUGGACUUCGCCGUUACUUCCGAUACUGCACCUUUCGCACCGAUCGCGCCGUUGAACGAAAUCAAACCUUCGUUCUUUAUCAUAAACGGAACCAAGGCCACAAAUCUAGAGAAUUUCCCUACGCGGCUGCUCUCGUUUACCGGGGAAACCAAACGCCCGUUUUGUACGGGUGUUAUCGUUUCUAACCGCGUGGUAUUAACGGCUGGUCAUUGGUUGCGGCACCUGGAGGAUCCGGAGGAUGUUUUCGUACGCGUUGAAUCCGUAAAGUACAAGAGCGGGAUUAUGUACGACAUCGAGUCGUUCAAAGAACACAAGAAGCGAGAGGGACCUAUCAACAAUAUCGGUCUUCUAGUCACAACCGACGAAAUCGAGUUCGGUUCGAACAUCGGACCGAUUAAGUUACCGAAGAAGGAACGAAAUUACGACAACGUCAAUACGACCAUAUUGGGAUGGGGUCGUAUUACAGAUUCGAAAAAAAAACCAACAGGCUCAUGUACUCGCCCACGUGCGGUGUGCCCGCGGACGAAUGCGAAAUCAACGACGAGCGCGUGUUGUGCAUUUAUAGCAACGGUUCGUCGCCGUGCAACGGCGAUUCCGGUGGCCCGAUUAUUUAUCAUCGUAGCAACGGCAAGCACGAAUUGCCCGCUUUUGUUUCAGGUAUCAUCGACACCAGUCUGUUCGAGCAAUCCGCGCGGAGGUAUAUUUACCACUAAGGUCUAUCCGUUGCGCCGGUGGGUGAAGAAAACGAUGGAAGAAUACGGAUUUGCUCUGAACGACGGGGACGACGGUUUUGACGAUGAUGUCAACAAUGUCCUUCAAUAUCCGCAUAUCGUUGACGAAUUGUAAUCCAUACUGGGCUGGUGUUGUUCAAUACGUGGCUAAAAAAAUACAUUAUAUGUAUCUAUCGUAUGUAGUGGUUUGUUAUUGCACGAUAACGAACCAUAAUUUUAUACAUAACAAUUCUACUAACAACUUGUAAGAAUAUAAGGCCAAUUCGAGCCGUUCGCAAGAUGUUGAGCGGAAAACUUGUACGUGUAUAUAUAUGUGGGAAUCGUGUUUCCCGCCGGUGACGGCGAGUCUAUAUUUGCUGGAAGAUAAGGCGCGCGCGGCGAGUGACAAAAGAGAGCGUGAUGAAAGAAAAGCAGAUCGAGAGUCAGUCUCUGCUAGAGGUGUCGUAGCGUGUCGGGUCGAACUGCGAAAGAUAUUCCAUUGUUCUUACAUCUUGUACUUUGUGCGAGAGAGAAUUAAAAUCAGCAUUAAAAAAGAAGUCGUUCCUUGUCCGAUUCCAUUACUCUGAUUCCCACAUAUAUAUAUAUAUAUAUAUAUGUAUACAUCUACAACAGGUUCACUUGUAAAUUUUACAAGUGAGUUUUUUUUAAAUUGGAGUUUUUUUUAUACAUAACAAGUAUUUUAGUUUAGUUUUAUUUAUUUUAUAUGGGGCCCAACCAUAAUUAAAGAUGUACGAUACCACACAAGGAUCCCUUAGGUUUUGUUCACUGCGCAGUGUUUGCCGAUAGUGCUUGAAAGUGAAUCGAUACCGUAGCCUUACAAGUGAGAUUCGCGCACCAUGCGCUACACAAUUAUGUGACGUUCGACUCGUUGUCAAUAAUGAGAAUUCGAGCCCGCGCACGCUAUCGUUUUUCCCUCUCUUACUUACGCACACAUAGGCCACAUAGUCGAAUCUUAUAUUUAAGAUCAUUUUAAGUUUAUCUUCAGAUGCUCUGCAGCCAAUAAAACUAGUCGUACAUCAUCUGAUGAUAAACUUAAGACGAUCUUAAAUAUAAGAUCCCGACUAUAAAUACUGGCCAUAGACAGUCCGGUCUGACCGUCGGUGCUGCCGAGUUACACGAAUAAACCGAGCACCGAACGUCUAUGUGUGCGUAUGUAGGGCUAUGUGAAGGAUCGCUGCUACGUUAAUAAUCCGACAACUUUGGAAGAACUUAAAGAGGAAAUUACGCAGAUCUUUAAUAGCAUCGAAGUGGGAAUGUUAGAGUUAUGUAUGAAGAACUUUGUUCAUAGAUUAAAACGAGUUGUUGAAAAUGACGGUGGUCACAUCGAAAAUAUCCUAAAAUAAGCUUUCUUUUCGUGUAUAACAAAUAAAAAUCGGUUCAUUUUUGUAGGAGUUUUUUAUGUUUGUUGCGUGAGCGUUUAAUCUGAAAGAGACCCUGGAUAGAGAGGGGAAAACGAAUGCGUGAGCCGGGCUUGAAUUCUUAUCACUGGUUUGACUACCAAAAAAGAUGGAAAAUUUUCUCCCGAAUGUACUUACGAUCUUACAUAAUAAAAAAAAACAAUAGCGAAAGUCAAAUGUACAUUGCGUGACAAAUUAUAAAUGUGUUUUUGUAAAUUUUACAUGUGUAUCAUUAUUUUUCUUCUUGUACACUCUGUUCAAAUAAGAGAAAAUCCUUGGAGGAAACAAAAACUCGUUCGUUUCGCGCACAUUUCUUAUCAGAAAAGAAUUACUCGUCUGUUUAGAAUUUUUUUUUUUUUUUUAACAAGGUGAUUA